CUGUCAACUCCAUGUAUAGCUAUUGCAAGUAAAAAAGCUUCUACUGUGCUUUGCCUAACGUUACAUAAAGAGGCGAAAAUAAUCACAUCUUCGUUAAUAUUCGUGUUAGCAUGAUGGGAGGAGAUGGAUCGCCGUUGCGUACCUGCGUUGAUGCGGAGGAAGAGGAAGAGCCGGUGGUGGAGGAAGGGCAGGGGAAGCGGGAGAUGUGCUGGGACGGGUGUGGCCGCCCUGCGAGCGUGUGCGUGUGCGCGCAUCUCCCCCCGCAGCCGCUCCACACCUCCACCACCGUCGUCGUGCUCCAUCACCCCCAUGAACUUCGCCGCAACCCCCUCGCCACCCUCCCCCUCCUCGCCCGCUGCCUUCGCCGCUGCCACACCCUGCCCGGCCGCCGCCUCCGCCUUGGUUCCCACCCUCUUCUCGACUCCCUCUACCACGGCCACCGCGGAGAUGCCCCCUCGGCCGUCUUCCUCUUCCCCGGGGGCAGGGACCUCGGCCUCCUCGCCGCCGAUGCGGCCGGCCCGCCCUCCGUCCUCGUCGUCUUCGACGGCACGUGGAGGCAGGCCAAGGAGAUGGUGGCGGCGAGCUUGCCGUUCCUGGAGCAGUUCGCCACGAAGGUCUCGUUGGGCUGCUGCGAACCCGGGGUGGAAGGGCCGAGCACGUUCGAGUCCGAGCUUGUGCUGAGGAAGGAGCCAUUCAAGGGUUGCGUGAGCACGAUGGAGGCGGUGGCGAGGGCGCUUAGGGUAAUGGAGCCCGACGGCAAGGGGGCGGCGGUCGAGGCCACGCUGCUGUCGCUGUUGAGGGCCAUGGUGGGCUUCCAGGCGUGCCAUAUGAAGCCGAUGAAGCCUCGCUCCAAGUUGAGGAAGAAGGAUAUGACAAUGGCGGCAGGUCCAAAGAAGGAGAAGGAGAACGAGAAAGAGAAUGCAAAUGGGUCUACAGAGGCUGCAGAGGAACGACAUUACAUGGAACCUAUUUGUUAGAAUUACUGAGAGAGAGAUACGAAAGACGAUAUAACUUAGGCUUCAGAGUCCGAUAUGCUAACAACCCGUUUGUUGGAAUUACCCUAAGAGAAAGAGACCAAUAAAGUGUACCCUGAUCAAUUUACACAAUGUUUCCAACAGUGUUUCUCUAUUACAUUAUCAAGGCAACUUGGAUAGCACACCUUUCUUCCAGACA